AUGACUGAGAAGAACUGGGCCUUGGGUGAGAGCGGCGCAAAGGUGGCGGAGGUGUCGCACGAGGCCACACAUGUGGCGAGUGCAGCCGCCAACCUCUUGGUAGAGCGCGAGGACCUUCUUUGGAUCACUGGCGACGCGCCGCAACACGUAACGCUCAAGAUCGCCCACCCCCACCCUUUGCUUCGCUAUAUUGGGUGGCACGUGUGGCACGACUACCUCACGAACCCUAAAACAGUGGAGGUGGCAUCGGGGGAGUCGACAGACGAUAUGGUGGCACAGCUGGUGUGCGAGGCCGUGACGGGCGCUGGAACGCAGAUAUGGAAGUUGCCCAACGGGAUUCCAUCCAAUCAUUUGUUUGUGCGUAUCAAGAUUGUGGAAACAUUCGGCCCUGGACCUACUUACAUGAAUAACAUAGUCCUCUUCGCCAACGAUCCUGGUACGCGAUUCCGAAGCACACGCAACAGCGUGGCAGCUGCCGCGAAGCCAAAUGAAGGAUCGAUGGGGCGAAUGAGUGUGCUGCUCAAGGAGCUUGAUGAGGAUAUUCGGGCGCUGCACCCUAUAAAGACGGUGACGCCGAAAAAGAACAUGCUGCUCUAUAUUCCACAGGAACCAAUGACAAUACUCCCGCCUGACGAUGCCGAAGAGGAGGAGGUGCCGUCGCCACAGCUGCGCGGCCCAACGCAGCGGCAGGGUAGCAACGGCAUGAACAGCACCCCACAGCUGGUUGGCCCACGAAGCUUCUCGGAGGGCAACGCCGCCACACGCGCGGCGUCUGGGCUCGGGCUUGGUGCGGCAGAGGUGUCGCGGGGCUUCAACGACCGCCUUUGCGCUCUAGAGCAGGCGGUGGCUUCUCUUACGCAGAGCAUGAAUCACCAACGGGAGGACUUAACUAUGAUAAAGAGACUUCUUCUCCAGCAAGCCUCUGAGCGGCGAUGCGAACUAGAGCAGAAGCUCAAUGCUUCACACGCGCCAACAUCAAUGCAGGGACAGCAACAGUCACAGCAGCUGAAUCCACAUAGGGUGUCUCGCCACCAGGUCUCCGUUGACUUUCCGGAGGACGCCCUCCGAUCAUUUGUAGAGAGUGUAGUGGCGCCGAAGCUCCACAGACACGCCAAGCGGACAGAGGCGCAGACAAUAGCCAAACUGGACGAAUUCCUAAAGGAUAUUGUUACUGAGAUGACCCACGCGGUGGAUGAUCGUGUUAGGCUUCAUAUUCAGCAGGCCUCCUCCAACGGAAGCGGUGGCGGCAACCUCGCAGGCCUGCCACCGUAUGCCCCUGAUGGCCGCAAAGCGCAUCCUACGCACACACCGCCACAGGGUGUGAAGAGCCACAAUCGUUCGGCUUACGCGGACUAUAGUGCUCCCGCUACUGCUUCCGCCUUUGUUCCACAACGUCAGAUGACGUCCUUUUCUACACCACCUGUAAGCAGCGUGGGAAGCCCAUGUGGCAAGGAUGUGGGCAGCAUACCUGUGUCCAUCAUUCGAGACAUGUCCACAGAGGCUGAUCCAAGCUAUGCUAGACGUGCAGGUGCAACAUCUCGGUGA